UGUCCAGUGAGAGUGUGAGAUGUGAACAGUCCCAAGCCCUACCUCCUGCUCCUCCUCAGAACAUGGACAUGGUUUCCCCACGUGCCUCAGAACACCAGUGUAGCACGGAAGGAAAAUGUCAGAGACAACAGAGACCAUCAGUGCUGCGUCAAGUUUUCCAAACACCGUCCAGGCGAAAACAUGAUAAUAAUGCAACCUUCUCCAUUUGCGAGGAGGAGGUGGAUGGAUGUUGUUUCCCCCAGUCCCCUUCACCACCAAGGGCUUCCUUUCUCAGGCAAAGCCAUCACAUGAUCCCUUUGAUGACAGAUGGUCCAACACAGAGCUCCAUUGAGGCCAGAAUUCAUGAUGGCAUCUCUGAGGGGACCAGUGCUCUGUUUGUGAGUGGCCUCUGCCGCUGGCCCGGCUGUGAGGCUUUGUCUACAGAUUUUCCGAGCUUCUUAAAGCAUCUCAAUUCUGAACACAGUCAUGGUGACAGAAGCAUUGCUCAGUGCAGGGUCCAGCAGGAUAUUGUCCAGUGCAUGGAGAGUCAGCUCAUCCUGGAAAAACAGAAACUAUUUGCAAUGCAAAUUCAUCUACACCUCUCUGAACACAAACACACUGGGUUGAGGACAGGUUCUGAGUGGCCACACAGCCUUCCUCUGUUCCUCCCACAGCCCCAAGUGGCAGAUGGAGAUAGGAGAGGGCAACAGUGGUGCAUGAAACAGCUGGGGGAGUUAUCCCAGCAUGGCUACAGCACUACUGCUUCUGCCAGCCUGCUACCAGAUUUGGUCCCCAGCAUUGAAUAUUACAAAUACAAAAACGUCAGGCCUCCGUACACCUACGCCUACUUGAUAAGAUGGUCCAUCUUGGAGUCUCCAGAAAAACAGCUCACACUUAAUGAUAUUUACAACUGGUUUACCACCAUGUUCUUCUACUUCAGACACAACACUGCUACCUGGAAGAACGCUGUGCGUCACAACCUCAGCCUACACAAGUGUUUUGUACGAGUGGAGGGAGGAAAGGGGGCUGUGUGGACGGUGGAUGAAACUGAGUUCCAGAGAAGGAGGGGACAGAAGUAUCACAGGGAUUGUCCUGUCAAGUGGCUCACAUCCUUCUCCCAAUAUUGUCCAGUGGACCCGUGAAGACCAGCAGAUGGCAGCACAAUACUGC